UAAAUAAUCAGCGCGGAUAAAUAAUAAAGCGCGAAUGAAGGAUAACAAUUAUGCGGGUCGGCCUCUAGAUGUCGCCUCUAGAGAGGCUUCUUCGAGCUCAAGAGGCGUAUCAAAGAGCAUAUACGAUUAGAGUAAUAUGUAGUGUUGUAAGUGAUGUGUCGUUAUCGUUGGUCUCGUCGAGAGUUAUCUCCUGCUGAAAAUAUUAAUAUAUCUAGAACGGUCUGCAUCUGAACAGUUCGGACAAUUCGAAGCGUCAUGCUCGUCAACAGCAUGAAGAAAUCUCAGUGCGAAGAAGCCGCACGUCAAUUGACGAGCGAGGAAAAAGAAUACGCGGCCAAGUACUUGAAUGAGACUGAUGAAGGCAGAGCGAUCGCGGUCGCAGAGAUCCGACGUUGGAUUUUGGAAAAUAACAGCAUGUACUCGCGUACUGAUGAAUUCUUCAUCUUGCGGUUUCUGCGCAGUUGUAAAUUCGACGUCGAGAAAACCAAGUCCAAGAUGCGGAACUAUCAUCAGCAGCGAUCCGAUCUGCCGGGGUGGUUCGCAAACAAGGAUCCGCUCCUGCCGGAACUGCAGCAGUUGUUUGAUUUGGGGGUAUUCCUGCCGCUGCGGGAACUGGACGAUCAAGGGCGGAUGGUUGUCAUCGUAAGGCCAACUGUGCACGAUCCGUACAAACAGCAACUAUCGGAUUUAUUGAAGGCCUGCAUGAUGAUCAUGGACCUGCACUCGAGGGACCACAUGCCGGGAUCCUUGCGCGGUGUCUUCGCUAUCAUAGACAUGAACGAUGUUACUUUUGGUCAUGCUCUUCAAAUGCGACCCAAUGUUAUAAGGCACCUGGUGCACUCGUGGCAGGGAUGCUAUCCGAUCAGGAUCCAAUCAAUAAACUUUAUCAAUAUGCCAGUCUAUACGGAUAUUAUCAUAAUGAUUUUCAAGCAAUUCAUGAACGCGAAGUUGAAGCAGAGGUUCAGGGUCUACAGGCGCGGUGUGACGAACUGCUGCAAGGAGCUCCCGGCUGAGAUCCUGCCGGCCGAGUAUGGUGGCACCGGCUGUUCGCUACAAGAGUUGAAAGAAUACUGGAAGAAAAUGGCCGAGGAGAAUCGCGACUGGUUCGCCGAAGAUGAAAAAUAUAAAAUGCUGUCGAGCGCGAAAUAAAUCGGUAAAUUAAUUACCAAAUUAGUCCAAUUAAUUUGGUUUUAUUGUUUUGUGUUUUAUUGUUUUAUUGUUUUUGGUUUAUUUGGUUAAUAUAAUUAACUGAACUGACUUGGGAUGCAAUUAACCGAUUGAAUUAAUCUGGAAUAAUUUAAUUAAUUUAAUUGCUAUUUUCCUCGAGCGCGCGGAGCGACGAGCGAAGAUAGAAGUUGUCGAAACAAUAAGACAAAAGUGUUGUUACCGAACAUCGCUUUAAGGACUUUAAGUCGAAGUAGGACGUGCAAAAGCUUUUUGCAGGGAAGAAAGAUAUGUACACGCACAAACGUUUUUGAGUCCCAUUUUUAUAUAAGUGAAAUAAAAUAUACAUUUUUACACACA